CGAUUUCGCAUCGGCGCAGACAUCCAGCUAGCUACAGCGUGUGUUUGUAUCGUGAACACUGAGCUCGUGUGUGGGUCUUGGACGCUGUAAUAUGGAAGAUGAAGAGGUUUGCGAAAGCUGGGAGGAAGCUGCAGACAGCGGGGAAAUUGAGAGAAGACUCGAAGCAAAGUUGAAGAUAAGCCAGAAAACAAAGAAAUCCUCCAUCUGCCCAGGUAGCUCCCCUAUACGAACUGCCAUGGUUAUCCAGGAUGAAUCUCAACCUGCAGCCCCCCCACCUCAAAUCCGAAUUCUGAAGCGCCCCUCAAGUAACGGUUCCCUAGGGUCAACUAGUUCAUCUAACCGCCCCACCCAGCAGCCGAAGUCACUGGCCCAGCGGGAGGCAGAGUAUGCUGAGGCCCGCAGGAGGAUUUUGGGUAGUGCUAGUUCUGAAGAAACACCUCAGGACAAACCCAGCCAAGACAGACCAGUGCGAGUGAGUGCCCAGCCACAGCCAGAAGCGGUUCGUCCAAACAAUCACCUGAUCCGCCAACCCACUGGCCCAGACGGCACCACAGGCUUCCGUCACUGCAGAUAGAGUGCAGAAGGGAGAGGGGGAUCCAUCGUCUCCAUGGGGGCAUGGUGUGCAGGGGAUAAAGGGGGAGGUAGCAUAGUGCAUGAAGAGCAGAGUGGUGGGAUGAAAUUGAAAAAUUUAGAUUAGGACAAACAGAAUAUAUUGGCCCACAGAAUGAGAUGAAGUAUCCCUCCCACCCCUUUCUGCUGACUGUUGGUACGCUCAUUGCCUUUCGCCCUCUGCCCUGUCUCCAGCCUGCGCAGAGGGUUGCAGGGAGAUGGCAGAGAGGAGCUGAGUGUCAAGUCAGAUCUCCUCUCUGUCCCACACUGUGACAAGGGCAGUCCCUCAGGAUUCCACACACUGUGAUAUCUCCCAUGAUGCACCCUGAGCUGCCCCAUGCCCCUCUCCACUGUCCCUCUCCUGCUAAGGACCAGGGUCCUCCUAGGUCCUGGGCAUACCUGUCCUCCAGGGAAAUGACAGACUGGUUCUGUGGGACUGAAAGGUGGCCAGGGGGAAGUGAGGAAGGAACCUUGCUCUGGGUGUGAGUGUAGGGCCAUGGAUAGAGCAGGGGAGUGACAAGGUGCCACUUCGUGUUAGCAUGUUCAAGCAAUAAUUCUGAAAUCAACAUGUAAGCCCCGCCUUCUUUAGUUAGACUGCCUGUGUUGUAUCUGUUAAUAUUCGUCUGUUUUGUUUUUAAGUUAUUUCAACAACAAACAAAAAAACAUUUUACUGUAAUUUUAUUUUUCUUUAUUUUUUUGUUUAACAUCUGGGCAGUAAACUGAAUGGUGAAUUUGGGAAUGUUAGAUUAAUGGUGUCUCUUCUGUUAUUGCAUCUAGUUUUUUUUUUUAAAUUCAUGUCUGUUUUCAAAGUGGGAAUGAUAUAGAAGAAGGAAAAAAAUGACAGAAAAUGUUAGUGAAGCUGAAUGUUUUAUAGCAUCUUAUACAGGUAGUCAUUGAAAGUAGUAGCCAUUUUUGAAACGAUACUGUAAGUAUAUGUUGAGGUUAGGAAAAAAUAGUUUAUGGAUGGCCAAAAAGUAAUCCUGUAAAAAAUGUCCACACUGCGUGGCCUUGUUGCUUCAUUUGCGAAGAGAGGGGCCACCGAUGACAAGGAGCAUGAAGAAGGCCAUCGCUUUCUUUUGAUUCAGGGUUGUUUGAAGAGGAAGCCAUUGGCUGGGAGUGUUUUAAGCAGCACCUCUGUUCUGUCCUGUCUUUCAUUCUGUCUCUCCAGGGUUGCCUUACUUGGAGAUAGGAGCACAGAAUAACAAACUGAGUUAGAUGGAGAUUGACAUAUUCAAAAACUUCAAUUUUUUGCUUGGUUAGAAGGCAAUGUUAUUGUUAAAGAGAGUGCCAAAGUUGAAAGGAAGCCCUUUUAUCCCCAGCGGAGGAACAUGUCAUAGCUCUGUCUAUCCAAUCUAUGUAGUUUUGUAAAUGAAAUGACAAGAAACUACAUCUUGGCUGUUUUAAACCAUAGUAAAUGUGUUGACUCAAACGCCUUAAAUUAUCUUUGGUUUCAUAUUGGACCCCACAGUAACUGAGGCACCUCAGGUUAAUGCUCUUGGAUGCUGAGAUUUAAACCCCCCCCUCAUUUAAAAAGAAAAAUCUCCUCCCUGUAACCUCCCUUUCUCUAAUUUCUGUCAAUUGGCCCGCCUUAGAACCUCAGGAAAGGUGGUUUUGUUGGCCCAUCAGGCAGGUUUUAAUGCUGGAGUGGCCAAGCAAAGUCUUUGGUCUGCUGACAUGUAAUCCCAGUGGUGCAGUGACUGGCUGGAAUUGUUGCACAGCCUAAUAUGUAAAGAAAAUCACACCCAGUAACCUCAUGUGGGUGUGAUUUGGUUCUUAUUUGGACUAUACCUAGAGUAUGUUACGUCUGGGCCAUUGAAGAGUACUCAACCUCAUCCUUUAUCCUUUCUAGGGAUCACUGAGCAGAGAGGGCUGGACAGGUGAAAGCAAUACGGUGGAGAAACCCAGAUGGAUUGUAGAAACCCCUGGGUGCGGUUUCCAUACCUGUCUUGUCUACAUGGAUCAGAGAUCUUAUCCAGACCAAUUUGUAAGUCGCUCUGGAUAAGAGCGUCUGCUAAAUGACUUAAAUGUAAUGUUAAAUGAGAUCAGCUUGGGGAAGGGAGGGAGGAGGAGACUAGAGUCUAACCCUGUAUUAGUAUGAUCCUCCUGAACAGGGUUAGGCUCAAUUCAGUUUAAUUCAGGAAGCGAAUUGAAAUGUAAUGCUUGAAUAGAAAAUAGCUUUUUUUAUUUCUGAGGAUUUAUUCCGUUUGUGAAGUGAAUUUGAAUUCAAAACCGAAUUGACCCCAACGAUGCGCUUGAUGAGCCUGCGCAAUUCCAAUAACUCAGCCAUCGGAUAUGGGGCGACAAUGAAGAGAUGACGCUUUUCUCUUCUGUCAUGCGAACACAACAAACAAAUCAGCCUGUAAAGUUUUUUUUAAAUUCCCUUUAAUAAAAUAAUAUUGAAAAGUAAAGUUAAACGCAAUUGCAAAUAUUUUUGUUUGGUGUAGAGUUUUAUUUUUCUAUUUUGUGAAAUGGAAAAUGUGCAUGUACUUUUAGUCAAAUAUUAGUGGUUUUACAGAUACCAAGCAUAGCUGAAACCAUAACCUUAAAUGGCCCUCAAUGACUACAGGAAGAAUUUCAAAUGCAUUAAUAUGACAUAAGUUUUUGAGCAAUCAUGUGAAUAUGAUAUUCUGCACAACCAACAUAAAUUGCAUUUCAGAAAUGCUUAAUGCAACCAUUGUCCAUUUUGGUCAAUGCCCAAUGAGCUCUUUGUGUGCUUUUGAAGUUAUACCUAUUGUACAAUUAUACAUUUUUUUAAACUUUCAGUUAGACUAAUGCUUGAAAUUAUUAUUCUAACCUAAACCAUAGCAGUAAGAACUCCAUAUAUGGCUAACUUUCUCUCAUAUAUUUUAUUGAGCUGUUGUAGCUUUAAAAUGAGUAUGGUGCCAGACAUUUCAGAUUUACCCUUGAUGUUGUGGAGAUAUUUAAUAGUCUGUCCUGUUAAAAAAAAAACUGUCUUAAACCCCGCAGUAAGCACCAUUGACAUGCAUCUUGUGUUCUUACUAACCUGAUCUAAAAAUGUGUGUGAAGUGUCGUCCUAAUGUAUAUCUCCUUGGAACUGUCAUAUCAUUGAACACUUGUGUCCUUUGUUUGUCUAGCCCAACACACUACAACAGUGGUAUUCAAAAACUUUCGGGGACCCCAUUUUUAUCACAGAUUUUUCUCACGACCCCACACCAAAUCAAAUGACACAACGUUCAAAUCGGUACAUUUCUAUUUUUACAUCAACAAAUAGCCUUCAAGUCGUACCAUUUUCAAAAUAAAAAUAAAACCAAAAAAUACAUGAACUCAAAAGUGUUUUUCAAUUAUCUUUCUUAAAACCGUUUGUAUAUUGUCCAAUACAAGAAUCUGUACUCUUAUUAAUACAUUUUACGACCCAACUAGGAGUCACGACCGGGACUUUGGAUACCACUGCUCUACAAUGUGUGUCCAGGAUGUGUUGUUCUGUCUAUUUUGUAUGAAUAAACUGCAGUAAUUAGAGAACAUAUUCAAAAAGCCAUUGGCUUUUUUAGACAUGGACAAACAUUUUUGUUUAGGAAAAAAAGUAACAUUUUGAGAUGCAAAUGUCAAUAACAUAUCCAUAUCCAGGUCAUAUCCAUUUGUGUGCUAUGUGCAAAAAGGUUAGCGUUUUACUGUGGAAAAAUGUCCUCCUACAAGUAAGCGUAAUGGGGUAAAGUACUUGUAAAAAAUACUUUAAAGUACAACUUAAGUAGUUUUUUGGGGGUAUCUGUACUUUACUAUUUAUAUUUUUGAUAACUUUUACUCCACUACAUUUCUUAAGAAAAUAAUGUAUUUUUUACUCAGUACAUUUUCCCUGACACUCAAAAGUACUUGUUACAUUUUUAAAGUGUCCAAUUCACACUCUUAUCAAGAGAACAUCCCUGGUCAUCCCUACUGCCUCUGAUCUGACGGACUCACUAAUCUCAAAUGCUUAGUUUGUAAAUUAUUAUUUAGUGUGCCCUUGGCUAUCCAUAAAUAAAAAUAAGAAAAUUG